UUUCAGAUCCAUGCUUGAGAGACAAAUACAUCUUUGAUGAAGCACAACAACACAAAACUGGUCAGAUAUUUGAAAGAGAGUUUGAAGCAGCCUCAUUAAUCUAUGGACUAUGUUUUUAUGCUGUUAAGAAGAUAAUAAAGUAUGGAGAAAAAAUGGGAAGAAGUAUUCAACUUUCUCUCUGUGGGAGUAUACCCAUCAGGGUAUAAUAAGUCCCAGAAGUUAAACCUUAGGAGGCAUGCCUCCAAGUUCACAAUUAAGGACGGAGAGCUCUUCUUUGGAAGCAGAAGAGCCAUUAAAACCAAAGAAGAGGCAAGGAUGCUCUUCACAGAAUUUCAUUCCCCUCCAUUUGGGGGGCACUCGGGCAUUGUAAAAACACGUACUGCAAUGUGCGCCAAAUUUUACUGGCAUGGCAUGACCAUUGAUGUUGACAGCUGGGUCCUGGAGUGUGAUAAAUGCCAGAAGGUUGGAAAGAAUUUGACAGCUUCGCAGCAGUUUACAAAGGUGUCUACUAUCUGGCAGUUCGUUGGCAUUGAUUUAACAGGACCUUUUCCAAAAACUGUGGAUGGCUUUGAGUAUAUCCUCAUUGCCACAGAUUACUUUUCAAAGUGGGUUGAGGCUUUCCCACUAAAAAGUAAAUCAGCAGCUGAAGUGGGGCAUCAUAUUUGCUCUAUUAUAUAUAGACAUGGUUGUCCCAAAAGGAUCCUUUCUGACGAGGGCACAGAAUUUGUGAAUGAACUCAACUACAGCCUGGGUAAUCUAUUGGGUAUUGAAAGGAGUGUGAUAGCUGCCUAUAAUCCGCAAACCAACUGCGUGGAUAAAAAAACAAAUGACAACAUAAAGCGAGCUCUCACAAAAUUGUUCAAUGAAAAGCAAAACAACUGGGACGUCUACUUGGAUGCUACAUUGUUUUCAUUGAGAUCUAAGGUCAACACCACCACAAAGCAUUCCCCUUUUCUUUUAAUGUAUGGGAGGGAGGCAGUUUUACCCUCUGAGGUUCCUGUUGAUAUGCCGGAUUCCCCUCCGAUGCAGGUAGAGACUUUGUGUCUUUUUCCAGAGGGCCGGCCGCAUUCCCCUGAUCCGGAACCAAAAUGCAAGGUAUCUGAAAUGGAUGUUCUCCCUGACAGCAGUGAGCAAGAGGUAAAAGAAGAACUCCCUUCCUUUUUAGAUUCUGAAGCCACUGUGUCCAAUACAAAUUGUGAAAUGAAUGUGCUCGUAGGAGUCACUGGCAGUGUGGCUGCUUUGAAACUGCCUCUUCUGGUGUCCGGUCUUCUACAAAUCCCAGGGGUCCAGGUCCAGGUUGUAAGCACAGAGAACGCGAAGCAUUUUUACCAUGAGCAUGGUCUAGGUGUGCCGAUAUAUAGUGACAAGGAUGAAUGGGAGAUGUGGAGUAAGCGAACAGAUCCUGUGUUACACAUUGAGCUUCGGCGUUGGGCACAUCUCCUGCUUAUAGCUCCUCUUGAUGCCAAUACAUUGGGUAAAAUUUGCAGUGGCAUCUGUGACAACCUGCUGACAUGUGUUGUACGUGCUUGGGAUUUGCAAAAACCCCUUUUGUUCUGCCCAGCUAUGAAUACUGCAAUGUGGGAUCAUCCAAUUACAGCACAGCAAAUUGCACAGCUCCACAGUUUUGGCUACAUAGAAAUCCCUUGUGUUGCGAAGAGGCUGGUGUGUGGGGAUGAAGGACUUGGUGCUAUGGCUGAAGUGAGUACCAUUCUGGACAAGGUGAAGGAAUUCCACUUAGAGCAGAAACCGCUUGGUUGAUGCUUAUGCUAUGUUGAGCAGCAGUUCACAGGUGCUACUGAAACAGCACUAUAAAUCUUGAGGAAGGAGAUAUAAUUGCAGCCCAAGGCUAAAGCUCUCUCAGGCAAACAAUGUGUAAACUAAUGUGAAAGUGUCCCAACUUAUGAUUUAUAUAUAAUGCUUAAAUAAACAGUGCUGGGGAGAAGAUCUGCUUGUGUUGAAGAGCUGGAGGCUAGCCUUCAGGUAAUGACUCCCUGACUCACGGUUUCUGUCUACAGUUUUGUCUUGGAGUAGCAUCGUUCCUCCUGUCUUAUGAUCAUCAGCAGGGUAGCAGCUCAAACAAAUGGAGAAUCAAGUAAAGAUGCAUAAAAAUCCAGGCCAAUAGUGCAUAGUUAUCUGCUGAUAAUAAGUUGGAUGCACAAUGUAAAGUUUUCAUAAUUUUCUUUGCAUACUUUUAGAAGUUUAUUUGAUGUUAAUUAAACCAUUUUGUAUUUAUUUUUUUUGUAAAGACAAAUGUACAGCACAAAAGGUAAAUCUGAUGAUAAACCAGAGCAGGCCAUUUUGGGGGCCUGAGUAUCUUUAUGACAGUUCUUUGUAUGGUCACAUAAUGCAUUAUAAUUAGUCACACUUUGUUCAGAAAUCCCUCUAUUUCAGUGACAUUUUGAAAUAAAGAUUAUAUUAUAGAUACAUUUUGGAAAAUAUUAUAACAGACCAGGGAUAUGCUCUUGAAGGGACAGUAAAAAAACUUGUAAUCACAAUAUUUGUUGCACUCUUCCAAAGGUUUAACAUAUCAGUAAAGUGUGAAUUUUAAAAGAA